AUGAAUAAUAUAUAUAUAUUUGACGAUUUAUAUGAACUACUUGGUGUACCAAGUGAUGCAUCAUUCAGUAGGAUAUCAGAGGCUUAUAGGAGGAUGUCAAGACUGGCCCAUCCAGACAAGGGAGGUGAUGUUAAUGACUUCCUAAGAUUGAACAAAGGUUAUUAUAUAUUAUCGGACCCUAUUAGACGUAGAUUAUAUGACGUUAGUGAAAUCAAUGAUGUUGAAUACCUUGAUCUACUCAGAGAAUACUAUCCAUUAACAAAACAUCUAAAUGAUUAUGUACCAUCCUUCUUAUUCAGUGUACUUGAUCGUCUAUUCAACUUCAAGGCACGCACGAUGGCUUCAUCAAUUGGACUUCCAACAACUGAGCCGAUUGAAGACUUGGGCUUCUCUGAUCUAACUGGAUUCUCUUAUGCACAUACUUGGGCAACUUAUUUCAUUACCCAGCUUGUUGAUAAGUAUCUGCCUUUGGAGGAGGAGCAGGCAAAGAACCUGAAUGACACCGGUGGUAAAGCAUGGUUAUGGUCAUGGUCAUGGAGAUCUCCAUUCACAAGAGAGUUGAUCGUAGAGAUAAUGUCCACUAUUAUUUCCGGACCAUUUGAAGUGAUGGCGUACAAGAUGUUCAGGAAUCUUUACAAGAGCAACUCAUGGUUAUUCAUGAACUACUUCCGUACAUUCUUCAGCUCUGACGUGAUGAUGGUACUUGGACUUACCGGGUUCCGAAUUGGAUAUACAAUGACCAAUUACCUUUUCACAACACUUGCCGACUAUACUCAUUAUCGCUCAAUCCUUGCUAGGAAUGAGUAUCAUCAGGCUCAAAUCAAAGAGCGUCCUCAUUGGAAUGAAGAAGAGAAUGGAGAGAUUAGAAGUAAGACGUGCUAUGGAGAGUUGGCUUGGGGUUCAGCAUCGAUGAUAUCAACUGGAAUGUCAUACUUUGUGCCAUCAAGCUUGUUCUCAAUCUAUCGAUUGUUCUACCGAUUGGAAGUUGGUCCGAGUGUAUCAUACUUUCAGCCAACCGUUCUAAUGCGUGCAGGUCUACUCCAUUCAGCCUCCCAUCUAACCUUUGAUUCAAUCCAAACAUAUUAUUUAAGGUACAAGCAAUGGUUUAAUCCACUCUUA